GGCUCCAGAAGUUACCAGAUGUUCAAAGGGAUGAUGAAAGCAUUGGAAACCAUUCCCCCACCUAGAGGAGAGUCCGUAAAAUCCCAUGCAAUCACUGAGACCAACGCGAGUGGGAGCACCUGGAGAGCGAGCUUGGAACGAGAAUUCAUGAGUUGUAAGAAAAUGGCAGACAAGCCGGACAUGGCGGAAAUCACCAGCUUCGAUAAGGCCAAGCUGAAGAAAACCGAGAUGCAGGAGAAGAACACCCUGCGGACCAAAGAGACCACUGAACAGGAAAAGAGGAGUGAAAUCUCCUAAAAGCCUAGGAAGAUUUUCCCAUCCCACUCCACCUCAUCAUCUCCAAGACCCCCUCGUGAUGUGGAGGAAGAGCCACCUGCAAAAUGGACG